AUGUGGAGCUCUCGCGAAAAAGCACUUGGUGGAGCCACGGCAGGUCAGCAGCGCAGUUGUUGUGGUGCGGCGAAAUUGCCCCCACCCCAACAGUCGCGAAAAUCGAGCACUGGCGCUGCACACGUUGCCGCCAUGCAAUUUGGCUCGACCGAGCAUCCACCGAUACGUUCGCCGCCGGCGAAACAGCCAGGCUGGCCUUUCCUUUGGGCGUUGCAGAGCCAGCUCACUGAAGAUGGCGAUGGCGAAAAGGGACUGGACAUCCAUUCACAACCGUGCUCCGUGCGCGCUGUGAAGCUUCGGGUAUCUUUGCAGGCGACAGGCUUCGGCUUUUCCGACCCUUGGAUUUCGCCGGUCACCGAUGUCACACCUCACCACAGGAAUAGCUGA